AUGGCUAAGGAAAAAGCUGUAAAAACUUCCUCCAGUGGAGGAAAAACUAAGAAAAAGAAAUGGUCUAAAGGAAAAGUCAAAGAAAAAGCCAAUAAUGCUGUUGUUCUUGAAAAAGCCACCUACGAUAAAUUAUUUAAAGAUGUACCUUCCUAUAAACUUAUAACUCCUUCAGUAUUAGUUGAUAGGCUUCACGUCAAUGGUUCUCUUGCAAGAGUUGCAAUUCGUGAAUUGGAAGAUAAAGGUUUAAUCCGAAAAAUUUCUAGCCAUGGUUCGCAACUUAUUUAUA